UCCCGCCUUAAAGAAGAAGAACAAGGAACCAAUCUUUCCCGGUGAAGACCGGACAUAAUAUGCAGUGGGACAAAGCAAAAAACGUCGAGCCACAGAUGUAGCGUUGUGCUUGAAUCCUUCGCUUUGAAAUAACUAGACAAUUUAAGAGUUCAGCGACAUGUUUAAUUGCAACUUUGAUGGCUAGCUUCAAGUAUUAGACAGUCGCAGUGAUAAAAUAUUUGACAUUUUUAAACCAUUAAAACUUAACGCAACUGUGGCGCGACAAGAAGACGGUAAAGUGGAUUUAUUGUGGCUGAACUCCGAGAGUUUUGAUCUUAUUUAUGAGUGAAAAUGAAUACAGGUGUGCAACUUCCGGUUUCCGCUUUGCGCCUAAUGGUGUCACCAAUUCAGCUUGUGUCGGCAGCAAUCUGGCAAACCGUCCAGCAAAGAGUUGUGGCAGAUUAUGGGAUGCUGGAGGAUUUUGUUUCCAUGGUGACAGACAUUGUCCCAGAUCUGCUAACCAGUUCUCAGAGGGCCCAACUCAUCCUGGGCCUACGAGCGCGGGUGAUCUUGGAGUUAUGUCAGUACGAAAGAACAGCCAACGUCAACAUCAUGCAGCAACACCUGGACAGGAUGAACAUCCUCAUCAAGAUGUACGCUACGGACGAGGAUGAUUAUCCGUGCUCAGACUUUGUGGAAUAUGUCAAACAUUUGGUGCACAGUCCUGCUGAGAGGGAACACUUCUUUCUGAAUGUUUUUCCAGAAGAGUUCGGCCCGUCGUAUGAUGAAGCCCUUACCGCCCUGAUGGAGAUCUUUCUAUCCAGGCUUGAGGCUUUUCUCCCUUGGCGAACGUUCCAACAGGUGGCGACUACAUGUGACGAGGUGUCCUCCGCUCUGGUGAGCAGUAUGGAGUCCAUGCGGCGCUGCGAGGAACUCAGGACCCUGCUGCACAAUCACAAGGAACAUAGUCAGCUCGGAAACAGUGAUGAUUCCGUGGAUGACACCUGCAUCCUCUCAGCCCUCAAACGUGCCGCGGUAAAAGAACGCAGCUUGCAGGGUGAGCGUCCAAGCGCCUUUUCGCCACACGGAGAAUCGGAAACAGUCACAUGUGGUCCCAUCAAGACCGAGAUCAAUGAAGCCGAUUGGGUAGAAAUCGCACAAUGGGAGGAAAACACAAAAAGUAAAUUAAGUAAUGUUUCUUUUCCUACUGUGGGAGAUUGCGUUCAAGUGGAAAAAACGUCUCGAUCUGUGCGAGCAAACCGAGGCUUAAAGAUGAAAAUGAUUUUAUUGGAAGAGAAGAAAGGACUUGAGGCAUCCGCGACAAGUCCUUCCGAUCAUUCCGACGAUGAAGCCGAGAGCGUCGGAAGCGGCGCCUCCUCCUGGUCUUUCUACUCCGAUGAUGACUCCGGCGGCGCUCCUCAUUCGUGGUCCGAGUACUCCAGCGACGACGCGACUCCUGUCAGCAGUUCCGUACCAAGCCAUGUCGAAAUGGAAGAGGAGGAGGUCGAUUUCGUCCCAAACGAAGACGGCGAAUUCUCAGAAGUCCCGCCUCAAAAAAGCUCCCGUCACGUCCAGUGUUUCAUCUGCAACGAGCAAGUCCAAACAAACCUGAAAACCCACCUGAGAACCCACUUCCCCGACGGUCAGUACACCUGCCCGCGGUGCGCCAGCCGCUUCAAACUUUUCACUUCGCUUAGACUACAUUUGAAAAGAAUCUGCUCUGACCAUUUCCGUCAGCAAGCGGGCGACGGUCCGACUCUGGGUCAGGAUCGCUACAAAUGCGACCAAUGCGACGAGGCGUUCAAGUAUAAACUAUCGCUGGAAGCGCACCAGCGCACCCAUAAUGAGCUGUACUGCAAUGUGUGCAGGAAGGUCUUAAAGGACGCCGCCAUGUUGGAAAGACACAAGUCCUCCCACCCUGGUUUUCAGUGCACUCGCUGCGAGGAGACCUUCAUUCUUUUCAAGCCCCUGAUCAGACACUUUGAAGACCUCCAUAAGAUCAGCAGACCUUUUAAUUGCAACCAUUGCCCCAAGACCUUCUCUAGUAUCCGCUUGUUGAUCAGACACGAGUGGAAGCACACGGGCGGGUUGCCGUUCCGGUGUGCGCUUUGCGGCCUGCGCUUCCGAAACGACGCCGAUCUCGUUUCGCAUCAACGCGUUCACACCAAGGAGAAACCGUACCUCUGCGCCGUGUGCGGGAAAACCUUCUCCCAGAGAUCCAAUCUUCUUCGGCAUUUGCAUUUUCUCCACAGCGAAUCUAAAAACGAGAAGAAACACUUCUGCACCGAGUGCCAAGCGUCCUUCAAAGAAAAAGGUUCACUGAGGCUCCACCAGAGACGGAAGCACCACAAACAACUUUUCCGCCAUCAGUGCCCGGAUUGCGGCAAGACCUUCUCGGCGUCGUCCAUCAACAGACACAAGCUCAUCCACACGGGAGAGAGACCUUUCAAAUGCACCGUCCCCGAGUGCGAUAAGUCCUUCCUGUCUACGGCCGAGGUGAAGAAGCACGUGCUCAUGUUCCACUCCACCGAAAGACCGUUUAAAUGCAACGUUUGCCCAAAGGCCUUCGUCACCGUGGGCUUGCUGAACAUGCACGCCAAGAUCCACUUGGGCAAGAAGCCGUUUGUUUGCGAUAUUUGCCUCAAGGCUUUCCCAAGGCGCCACAGCAUGAACAGGCAUAAAAAGCUCGUACAUUCGGUUCCUAGCUAGGUCGUACGAACACGGCAUUGCUUUUAAGAUUGCGUUAGUGCAACCUUCAAGGACCUUCAUUUUUUAGGGAAUUUUGCCCAUCAUCAACAAUUCUUAUGAUUUUUGUCUCUUUUCUGUGCUUUCUACAGAUAUAAAAACAUAAAAAGAGACGGCUAAGAAUGAUUUGUUAUGAUUGUGCCUGUGGGGCAGCACAGCGGACGAGUGGUUAGCACACAGACCUCACAGCUAGGAGACCAGGGUUCAAAUCCACCCUCGGCCAUCUCUGGAUUUUCUCCGGGUACUCCGGUUUCCUCCCACAUUCCAAAAACAUGCUAGGUUAAUUAGCAACUCCAAAUUGUCCAUAGGUAUGAAUGUGAGUGUGAAUGGUUGUUUGUCUAUAUGUGCCCUGUGAUUGGCUGGCCACCAGUCCAGGGUGUACCCCACCUCUCGCCCUGAAGACAGCUGGCAUAAGCUCCAGCACCCCUCGUGAGGAUAAGCACAAAAAAAAUGAAUGAAUUAAUUAACCUUCAAAAUGUGUUUUCUUAACAUUAUUAGAGCUCUCUAGACAUGAAGUAGCACCCCUAUAGUCACUUAUACACUCCUAUAAUUCAUUAUUUAUGACAUUACACAACUCUUUUGCUGGAGACCCAAGUUCAAUUCCACCCUCGGCCAUCUCUGGGUUUUCUCCGGGUACUCCAGUUUCCUCCCACAUUCCAAAAACAUGCUAGGUUAAUUGCUGACUCCAAAUUGUCCAUAGGUAUGAAUGUGAGUGUGAAUGGUUGUUUGUCUAUAUGCGCCCUGUGAUUGGCUGGCCACCAGUCCAGGGUGUACCCCGCCUCUCGCCCGAAGACAGCUGGGAUAGGCUCCAGCACCCCCCCCCGCGACCCUCGUGAGGAUAAGCGCUAAAAAAUUAAUGAAUGAAUGAACCUUCUAAAUGUGUUUUCUUAACAUUAUUAGAGCUCUCUAGACAUGAAGUAGCACCCCUAUAGUCACUUACACACUCCUAUAAUUCAUUAUUUCUGACAUUACACUGCUGGAGACCUGAGUUCAAUUCCACCCUCGGCCAUCUCUGUGUGGAGUUUGCAUGUUCUCCCUGUGCAUGCGUGGGUUUUCUCCGGGUACUCCGGUUUCCUCCCACAUUCCAAAAACAUGCUAGGUUAAUUGGCGACUCCAAAUUGUCCAUAGGUAUGAAUGUGACUGUGAAUGGUUGUUUGGCGACCAGGCCAGCUGUGAGACAUAAUCCCUCCAGCGUGUCCUCGGUCUACCCCAGGGCCUUUUCCCCGGCCUUUUCUUUUAGGUGUGUCCCAUUACAUGCAUUAAUUACCUGCCUCUUUUAUAGCUGUUUUUGUAUCUUUAGAACUCACAGAAAAGAGAGAGGAAAAAGUGCAGUUUUCCUUUCAGGAUCUGGUCUCAAUCUCAACUCAUUUGGGGGACCGGCGUCAAGGAUCUAGUCCUGACAUAUGUGUCAAACCAAGUGACUAACUCUUCAACAAACAGGAAGUCGGUACUCGACAUGAGCGUGGUAAAAGAAAUAAUGCUAUUAGCAUCACAGAGCAACAGAUAGAUAACACACACAGGUAAAACUACUACAGCAACUUUUUUACAAAACAAGUGUAGCAAAGCAUGCUGGGAAGCCAUAGUGACGCCAUCUGCCGUGAUGAUUUUAGUUGUUUGAGAACUGCUAACUCUUGAUUCAUGUUGGGUUUCGAUUGGUGUUUUACGUCAUUAAUAAAAAAAUAAAUAAAAUCUGUGUAAUGCUUGCAAGUGAUUUCCUGUAUUUUAGUCAAUAGUGCUUUUUAUUUGGCAUAUAAUUUGAGUUAAUACUACAACACUUAGGUACCACCAGCAUUGCUUUUAAAGUGCUUUGCAGGGUCUUUAUCCACAGUAUAACAGGUCACUGUUGGCACUGUAGUGGAGUUUAAGGUUGAAUGCUGAUUUCAACAUGCUUCACUGACAAAACAAGGGGGGGAAAUCCACGCGUAAGUUGUUCCAUUUGACAAAAGUUUCCCUUUAUAGUUCCCUGCUAGGUAGAACAAAAGAUGGAGGAUUAGUUCAAAUGUACGUGACAUUAUGUUCGUUAAUGACUUGACGUCAGACUUGUUGAUUUUGCUUCAUAAUUGAGAAUGUUAGCAUAAAAAACAACACCGUGCACCAUUACUUUUUAUCUUUAUUCAUCAAAUUACAAAGUCCCCGUGUUUUUAUUUUAUAUUUUUUUACACUCUUGUAGUCUAUCUUCACGUACAGUGAAACCUAAGCUUUCGCCAUUAACCCGUUCCAAAAAGUCAGACGAAAAUAAAAUAAUCCGGAAAAAAAA